CCAGUUCUCACACUAUAAAAGACACUGCGUUUGGAGUAUCCAAGUUUUAUCCAAAGCAAUGGCAGUGAUAAUCCAUCGCUCUUGCUUCGUUACCCCACCAUGCUCCCUUCUCUCACCAUCUUUCACCCAGCCCCAUUUUUCUGGGAAGAUAGCAUCGUUUAUAUGUAAAGUAGGAAACUUUGGACAAUCAUUUAAAAAUGUUAAUGGACCGGUUGAGAUUCGUCAUCUGUUGCAAGAAAUGGGUAAACAGUCCUUACUCCAUUGCCAAAUAUCGGAGAGAAAGUGGGUCUUGAAUCGUAUUUCAUCACCUUAUGAUGAACUUCUACAACAGUUAUCUGCUCUUGAGCUGAUGCUGGGGCAGGGAGGCUUACGGUUAAGAGUCCCAGUGACAGCAUUUCUUGCCACCAACAUUUUGAUAUUUACUGCUCCUUUCAAAGCCCUGGCAGAAACGUGUGAAGCUGAUAACUCCUUUUUCAACAUGCCUUUACUGCUAUUUGUAGCCCUUAUUGGUGCCACAGUUGGAGGAUUGCUUGCACGGCAGAGGAGAGGGGAAUUGCAGCGACUGAAUGAGCAGCUGCGCCAGAUCAACGCUGCUCUAAGAAGGCAGGCUAAGAUAGAGUCAUAUGCUCCCAGCCUGAGUUAUGCUCCCGUUGUUGGUAGAAUGUCAGAAAAUGAAGUAAUUGUUGAUCCAAGAAACGAAGAGUUGAUUUCCCGAUUGAAGAGUGGAAAGAAUUUUUUAAGGAAUCAAGAACCUGAGAAGGCUUUUCUGGAGUUUAAAACAGCCCUGCAGCUUGCUAAGAGUCUAAAAGAUCCAAUCGAGGAGAAGAAAGCUGCCAGGGGUUUAGGUGCUUCAUUGCAAAGGCAAGGCAAAUAUCGAGAAGCCAUUAAAUACCACUCAAUGGUUUUAGCAAUCUCUGAGCGAGAAGGAGAGGAGUCUGGAAACACAGAAGCCUAUGGAGCAAUUGCGGAUUGCUACACUGAACUUGGAGACCUUGAGAAAGCAGGGAAAUUCUAUGAUAAAUAUAUUGCUAGGUUGGAAACAGACUGAUGAAGCUGCGUAUCCGAUGGUUUAUAGUUCUUUCUUUAAUGUAAUUAUAAAUAGUUGUAGAUAUUGCAGACAGCUUGCGGAUAUCUUCUACUUCAUUAUUGCAGUUAUUUGUCUCAGUCUUGCAGAUACUGAGAUUGGAAAUUUAACAAUGAUGUGGGUUGGAUCAUAUGUUGCAACUUCUGUUUCUUCCGGUUAUCCCUUCCCAUUUUCCCCAACCUUCAGUAUCCAUGUUUGUUGCAGAAACUGAAAUUGUGAUUUAUUCCGAGGAUUAUUUGGUUGGAUCAUGCGCUACAACUGCCGUCAUCUUUUCAUCAUUUAAGGUUGCACCAUAUUUGCAUUUCCAACCUCAAUCAGUUGAACAAAGUUUCUUUAGCCUACAGAGGCGAGCAUUUGUAGCA